AUGCCUCCCACACAAGCAGAAAGUGUUAUAAAGAAUAUCAUUCGAGAAAUAGAACAAGAAUGUGCAUCACAGGGAGAAGUGGUUUCAGAAACUUUGGUUGCAUUCAUGGUGAAGGCUGUUGUUCUGGAUCCAAGUAAUGGCUUUAAUAUGGAUAGAACCCUUAUAAAAAGUGAUGUGCAGAAACUUGUUAAGCUAUGUGUGACUCGACUAUUGGAUUGUAAAAAUCCAUCCCUGGACACCAUUAAGAUGCAGGUCUACUUUGAUAUGAAUUAUACAAGUCGAGAGGAAUUUCUUGAAGAACAUCAUCGAGUUCUAGAGUCCAGAUUAGGCCCUAUUAGCAGAGAAAUUACAGACAACAGAUCAUAUGCUAGGGAAGAAUUGGAAAGCCUCUAUCGGAAGAUUGUCAGCUAUAUUUUACUACGGUCUGGACCUGCCCUGCAGAGUGUUUUUCCUCAGGCUGAGCUUGGAAUGUUUUUAACUCUUUCUAAAAAGGACAAAGAGUGCCAGCUGAAAGAACUCACCAUGAUUGUUACUGGAAUUCGUUUAUUUAACAGAGACUGUGGGAAAGGAGGAGAAGGCAUUGAUAAUUUACCAGCUAUUCUACAGGAAGCAAUCCCAGCCACUACUCAACAUAUUGAUAACCAACUUCAGAUUGCACAGGAUCAAGUCUACCGCUAUACAGCCAUUCUGGAAAAAGUAGCACAGAACACACUCAAUACUCAAGAGCUUCAGUUGUAUAUGUUAAAAGAAGCACUGUAUAAUAUGAGACAAUAUGAAAUAUUCCUUCAGAUAAUCUUGUCAGAUAUAAUUACAUGUGCUCAAGAAGUAGAAAUGAUGAUAAAGCAGUUAGCAGCUCAACUGGAACAAUUGAAAAUGACUGUUAAAUCAAAGACUGCUGUUCCAACAUCUCAAGUCUUUCCCAUUUUCAUUACACUUUCCAAUCUGUGGACCAGCUUUCAGGAUGAAACAGUUCUGCUUAGCGUUCUCAGUGAUCUAACACUUCACCUCGAGUCAUUCCUGGGCACCCAUGCAUUGCUCUUUCCUGAGAAAGUGAUACAAGAUCUUCUUGUUGGAGUGGCUGUGAAAACUGAUGUGUGUAGAAUCAAAGAACAUGUAGAUGAUAGAGUUCGUCUGGCAGAUUUCCAAAAAUUGGAAUGGCUUUUUCCAGAAACCACAGCAAAUUUUGACAAAUUGCUAAUUCAGUAUCGAGGAUUUUGUGGUUAUACAUUUGUUUCAACAGAUGGUCUCCUCCUUCCAGGAAAUCCAGAAAUUGGAAUUUUGAAAUAUAAAGAGAAGUAUUACACUUUUAGUACCAGAGAUGCUGCAUAUUCAUUUUCAGAAAAUCCUGACAAAUAUAUUGAUUUGAUUAAAGAAAAGGCAAAGAAAAAUGCAGAAUUAAUUCAACUGCUAGAGCUUCAUCAACAGUUUGAAACUCUCAUUCCAUACUCCCAGGUGAAAGAUAUCAACAAAAAAUAUGUAAAACCAAUUACAAAGUGUGAAAGUAGCACACAGACAGAUAUACACAUAUUGCCACCUACUAUUGUGAGAUCAUAUGAGUGGAAUGAAUGGGAAUUAAGAAGAAAAGCUAUACAGUUGGCCAAUUUGCGUAAGAGAAUGACUCAUUCAGUGCAAACGGAUCUUAGUCACAUGAGAAGAGAAAAUAUUUCACAGGUGUACCUUCCAAAGAAUGCUGGCACCCAAUGUAAGCAGGAAGGCAGCACCCGAGUCCCGAGGCCCCAAAUUUACAUAGCUGGUCUCCGAGGGGGACUAAAUAAAACCACCCACGGAGUCAAGGUGAACUUAACCAGGGCUGUUGAUGAAACCUAG